AUGGGGGCUGCUCACAUAUUUGUGGCCUAUCUCGCCGUCCUUAUUUCGCCCUUCUGUGCCCAUGGUAACGUUUUCUCACUAGAGAGAGCGUUUCCUAGGAGUCACUAUAUCGGACUUGACGAGCUCCAAACUCGUGACCGAAUCAGGCAGGCCCACCUCUUUAAAAGAGUUGUGGGUGGUAUAGCCAACGUGUCAGUGGUAUAUGAGGAUUUCUACAGUCCUGAACAUGUUGGGGUUUACUUGACAAAAGUGAAACUUGGCUCUCCACCAAGAGAAUUCUAUGUGGCGAUCGACACAGGGAGCAAUGUGUUGUGGGUUUCAUGCUCGUCAUGCAAAGUUUGUCCUCAGCAUACUGAGCUCGGUGGACUUUCGUUCAAUUUCUACGACCCGGCCAACUCAUCCACCGCUCGGCCAGUUCCUUGUUCCGACAAGUUGUGCAAAGCUUCUUUAGAGACCAAAUGCUCACACCCGACAAAACAGUGCAGGUAUAAUCUAAGAUAUUCAGGUGGAGAUGAGAUAGCCGGGUAUUACAUGUCAGAUGAAUUACAUUUUGACAUGAUACCGGUUCAGUCUCAUGUUAAAAUUGAGUCUUCAGCUGCCAUUGUUUUCGGGUGUAGCACCUCUGUGACUGGGCUUUUGGAGGGGACUACAGCUUCAAUCAACGGAGUAUUUGGAUUCGGCCAAGGGCUAAUGUCAGUUAUAUCACAGUUGUCCUCUCGAGGGACAACUGCCAAUGUGUUCUCCCAUUGUUUGAAGGGAGAUGACAAUGGAGGUGGUAUACUCGUUCUUGGUGAGAUUUUAGAGCCAAAUAUCGUUUAUACCCCUCUUAUCCCGUCAGUGCACCCCUUUUAUCAAAUUAAUCUUGAAACCAUUUCAAUCAAUGGUCAAAUCUUGCCCAUUGAUCCAGCAGCGUUCACACCAUCACUUGACCGAGCAACAGUGGUUGACACGGGAACCUCUAUUGGAUAUGUUGCGGAAGAGGCCUAUGAUCCGCUUGUUCAUGCUAUAACUUUGUCUUCAAAGUAUGUGAGUCCCUUCCUUUCACCAUCAGGAAAGCAGUGCUAUCUAGUUUACACCAGUGUGGCCGAGGCAUUUCCUCUGUUGAGUCUUAAUUUUGCUGCUGGUGCAUCUAUGGUUUUAAAACCAGAAGACUACCUUUUGUAUAAGGGACCUGAUCAGGUAAGUUUUCUUCCAGGCUCUGGCUUAUUUUGUAAAAAUAUCUUAUUUCGAGUGGAAGUAAUACUGUGGGAAAAUGUAUGGAAUUAAUAAGUGCAUUCUUUUGUCACAUAAUGGUUCUGUUAAGUGGUGCUUUGGUCUACAACAAUCUGAGGGAGUGAACCGUGGGUUCACAGU